AUGAUAUCGGACCUUGAAACACUUGACCUUGCAGCCAACCAAUUGAGUGGACCAAUUCCCAUGCAUUUGGAACACUGUUCAAAACUACUCCAUUUAAACUUGAGGAAUAACAAAUUCAGUGGAAAUAUUCCCUUCCAAAUUGGGACUCUUCAGUCCCUCGAAAAUCUUGAUCUACAUAAGAAUUUGCUUUCAGGGGAGUUGCCUUUGGAGCUUGGUCAUUUGGAUAAGCUAGAAACAUUUAACCUCUCACAUAACAAUCUAUCAGGCUCAAUACCAUCCACGUUUAAAGAAUUGAUAAGCUUGACAUCUGUUGAUAUAUCCUACAAUCAAUUAGAAGGUCCUCUUCCCCACAUCAAAGCUUUCAUUAAAGCUCCAUUUGAAGCCUUGAAAGAUAAUAAAGGAUUGUGUGGCAACAACACUGUGAGAAUCAAUCCUCAAAACUUUUGUAAAAUGUGUUUACUGGUUUGA